AUGCUCCAGAAGUUAUACUCUGUCGUCACAACUGGCCCUAGGAGAGCCAUUCGUGGAAGGCGGAUGGUAAGAGGGCCUGUCGAGAAGUCUGCCUCUUCUGAAGGGCUCUUGGCCGUUCUCGAUGCCCCGGACAGAGUUAGUGAGCAGCUUCGGAACGAGCUGGCAGGCUUUGAUCAGGAGGAGCUCGCCAAGGGCAUCCGGGCCAUCAAGAGGCUCCUGGACUGUUGUCUCAUUGCGAUGGCUUGGACUAUGUUCGCUUGCAACUAUUUCGACCGGAGCUGUCUCACCCUCUCGGAACUCAUGGGCCUCCGUUCUGACCUAAGCAUGAACUCCAAUGAGUAUGGCCUUGCGAUGAUGCUCCUGUUCAUUGCAUACGUUUUGGCUCAGGUGCCCUCAAACCUCUAUCUGGCCAAAGGACGACCUUCAGUAUACCUACCAACUGCAAUGCUUCUAUGGGGCUGCGUUUGCACUACAACCGCCUUCGUCAAAACGCCCGGAGCACUAUACGCCGUUCGAUCACUCCUGGGUCUUCUGGAGGCACCGUUCUGCGUGGGAUGCCUCUUCUUAAUCUCGUCCUGGUACACCCGGACUGAGUUGGGUUUGCGGAGUGCAAUACUCUUAUCAGCACCUAUGAUGGCAAACGCGUUCGCUGGUGUCAUCGCUUUCGGUAUACACGACUCCAUCGAUGGGGCAUGUGGUCUCGAAGGCUGGAGGUGGUUGUUCAUUGUUGGUGGUGCCGUGACAAUCAUCAUAGCCUGCAUCGCGUUCUUCACCCUGCCAGACUAUCCGCACAACACUCGAUGGCUUUAUGAGGAAGAACGCGCCCUUGCUCAGUUACGAUUGAUUGCUGACCGAGGCGCUUCCGAAUAUGAUGUGAGCAGGAUUGUCGGCCUCAAGAUGGCACUCAAUAGCUGGCAGGUAUGGAUGUUUGCAGGCAUGUACUUCCUAUUGGCGAUCGGCACGUCUCUGCACAACUUUUUCCCUUCGGUUGUGCAGACUCUGGACUUUUCGAGAACCACGACCUUGUGGAUGACGGCUCCGCCAUACCUGUUUGCCGUGGUUGUCGCCAUCUCCACGGCUUUGUCCGCUGACCGACAUCGGAAUGCUUCCUUUCACAUCAUUGGAACCACAGCGUUGGCAAUUGUUGGCUACUUGCUGUUUUUGCUCGAGCAGUCAACAGAUCGUGGAGACGUCUGGGCUCGCUAUGCAUCGACAUUCCUGAUGAUAGCCGGGGCGCAUGCUGCCAAUCCGAUGGUCCUUGGUUGGACACAGAAGACGGUGCCGCAGCCGAGAGAGAUGCGGGCGACCGCCAUUGCUAUCGUCAAUACCUCCGGAACUAUAGCGCAGAUCGCCACCUCUGAGCUUUACCCCAAGCGCUGGGCACCAAGGUACAUUCAGUCGAUGUCGCUGAACACAGCAUGA